AUGCCAAGGACCCAGGGCUUCUCCGAGCCCGAGUACUCGGCCGAGUACUCCGCUGAGUACUCGGUCAGCCUGCCCUCUGACCCUGACCGUGGCGGGGGCCGAACCCAUGAAAUCUCGGUCCGGAACUCGGGAUCCUGCCUCUGCCUGCCGCGGUUCAUGCGGCUGACCUUCGUGCCCGAGUCCCUGGAGAACUUGUACCAGACCUACUUCAAACGGCAGCGCCAUGAGACCCUUUUGGUGCUGGUGGUGUUCGCGGCCCUCUUCGACUGCUACGUGCUGGUCAUGUGCGCCCUGGUCUUCUCCGGCGACAAGCUGGCUCCCCUCCUCGUGGCCGCGGUGGGGCUGCUGUUGGACACCGUCCUCUUCGUGCUCUGCAAAGAGGGGCUGCUGCCCGACCGCGUCACCCGGAAAGUGGUGCCCUACCUGCUGUGGCUGCUGAUAACUGCCCAGAUUUUCUCCUACCUGGGCCUGAACUUUGCGCGAGCCCACGCGGCCAGUGACACGGUGGGCUGGCAGGCCUUCUUUGUCUUCUCCUUCUUCAUCACGCUGCCGCUCAGCCUCAGCCCCAUCGUGGUCAUCUCUGUGGUCUCCUGCGUCGUGCACACGCUCGUCUUGGGGGUCACCGUGGCCCAGCAGCAGCAGCAGGACGGGCUGAGGGGCAUGCACUUGCUAAGGGAGAUCCUGGCCAACGUCUUCCUCUACCUGUGUGCCAUCGCCGUGGGCAUCAUGUCCUACUACAUGGCGGACCGCAAGCUCCGCAAGGCCUUCCUGGAGGCCCGCCAGUCGCUGGAGGUGAAGAUGAACCUGGAGGAGCAGAGCCAGCAGCAGGAGAACCUUAUGCUUUCCAUCCUGCCCAAGCACGUGGCUGACGAAAUGCUGAAGGACAUGAAGAAGGACGAGAGCCAGAAGGACCAGCAGCAGUUCAACACCAUGUACAUGUAUCGGCACGAGAACGUCAGCAUCCUCUUUGCUGACAUCGUGGGCUUCACCCAGCUGUCUUCUGCCUGCAGUGCCCAGGAGCUCGUGAAGCUGCUCAACGAGCUCUUUGCCCGCUUCGACAAGCUGGCCGCCAAAUACCACCAGCUGCGGAUUAAGAUCCUGGGCGACUGUUACUACUGCAUCUGCGGCCUGCCCGACUACCGGGAGGACCACGCCGUCUGCUCCAUCCUCAUGGGGCUCGCCAUGGUGGAGGCCAUCUCGUACGUGCGGGAGAAGACGAAGACUGGGGUGGACAUGCGUGUGGGGGUGCACACGGGCACCGUGCUGGGGGGCGUCCUGGGCCAGAAGCGCUGGCAGUACGACGUGUGGUCUACCGACGUCACUGUGGCCAACAAGAUGGAGGCCGGUGGCAUCCCCGGGCGUGUGCACAUCUCCCAGAGCACCCUGGACUGCCUGAAGGGCGAAUUCGACGUGGAGCCGGGCGACGGGGGCAGCCGCUGUGAGUACCUGGACGAGAAGGGCAUCGAGACCUACCUCAUCAUCGCGUCCAAGCCAGAGGUGAAGAAAACAGCCACGCAGCACGGCCUCGGCAGCCCGGCCCUGCGAAACGGAGCGCCAGCUUCCUCCAAGCCCAGCUCCCCCACCCUCAUUGAGACCAAGGAGCCCAACGGGAGCAUCCACACCAGCGGCUCCACAUCGGGGGAGCCCGAGGAGCAGGAUGGUCAGGCUGACAAUCCCUCGUUUCCCAACCCACGCCGGAGGCUGCGCCUUCAGGACCUGGCUGACCGAGUGGUGGACGCCUCUGAGGACGAGCAUGAGCUCAACCAGCUACUCAAUGAGGCCCUGCUUGAGCGAGAGUCUGCCCAGGUAGUGAAGAAGAGAAACACCUUCCUCCUUUCCAUGAGGUUCAUGGACCCCGAGAUGGAAACCCGCUACUCAGUGGAGAAGGAAAAGCAGAGCGGGGCUGCCUUCAGCUGCUCCUGCGUUGUCCUGCUCUGCACGGCCCUGGUCGAGAUACUCAUUGACCCCUGGCUAAUGACAAAUUACAUGACCUUUGUGGUCGGGGAGGUUCUGCUUCUGAUCCUGACAAUCUGCUCGCUGGCCGCCAUCUUUCCCCGGGCCUUUCCUAAGAAGCUUGUUGCCUUCUCGACUUGGAUCGACCGGACCCGCUGGGCCAGGAACACCUGGGCCAUGUUAGCCAUCUUCAUUCUGGUUAUGGCAAACGUCGUGGACAUGCUCAGCUGUCUCCAGUACUACACAGGACCGAACAACAGCACCGCAGGGCUGGAGGUGGAGGAUGGCUGUGUAGAGAACCCCAAGUAUUACAGCUAUGUCGCCGUGCUGUCCCUCAUUGCCACCAUCAUGCUGGUGCAGGUCAGCCACAUGGUGAAGCUCACACUCAUGCUGCUCGUCACCGGGGCCGUGGCCGUCAUCAACAUCUAUGCCUGGCGCCCCAUCUUUGAUGAAUACGACCGCAGACGUUUUCAGGAACAUGACUUUCCCGCGGUCGCCUUAGAGAAGAUGCAGGGAUUUUCCACCCCUGGGCUCAACGGCACUGGCAGGCUGCCCCUGGUGCCUUCUAAGUACUCCAUGACCGUGAUGAUCUUCGUCAUGAUGCUGAGCUUCUACUACUUCUCGCGCCACGUAGAAAAACUGGCAAGGACACUGUUCUUAUGGAAGAUCGAGGUCCACGACCAGAAGGAACGUGUCUACGAGAUGCGGCGCUGGAAUGAGGCCUUGGUCACCAACAUGUUGCCUGAGCACGUGGCACGCCAUUUCCUGGGGUCCAAGAAGAGAGAUGAGGAGCUGUACAGCCAGUCUUACGAUGAGAUUGGAGUCAUGUUUGCCUCCCUGCCCAACUUUGCCGACUUCUACACAGAGGAGAGCAUCAAUAAUGGUGGCAUUGAGUGUCUGCGCUUCCUCAAUGAGAUCAUCUCAGAUUUUGAUUCUCUCCUGGACAAUCCCAAAUUCCGGGUCAUCACCAAGAUCAAAACCAUUGGCAGCACCUAUAUGGCAGCUUCAGGAGUCACCCCAGAUGUCAACACCAACGGCUUUGCCAGCUCCAACAAGGAGGAGAAGUCAGACAAGGAGCGCUGGCAGCACCUGGCCGAUCUGGCGGACUUUGCUCUGGCCAUGAAGGAUACACUCACAAACAUCAACAACCAGUCCUUCAACAACUUCAUGCUGCGCAUUGGCAUGAACAAAGGAGGGGUCCUGGCUGGGGUCAUUGGAGCCCGGAAACCACACUAUGACAUCUGGGGCAAUACGGUCAAUGUGGCCAGCAGGAUGGAGUCCACAGGGGUCAUGGGCAACAUUCAGGUGGUGGAAGAAACACAAGCCAUCCUUCGAGAGUACGGCUUCCGCUUUGUGAGGCGAGGGCCCAUCUUUGUGAAAGGGAAGGGGGAACUGCUAACCUUUUUCCUGAAGGGGCGUGAGAAGCCAGCUGCCUUCCCUAACGGCUCCUCGGUCACCCUGCCCCACCAGGUGGUGGACAACUCCUGAAUGGCCUCCAGCCCCACCACAGUCCAAAUGGGAAGGGAGAAUCUAUUUUUUGGAAUCAAAGAAAGGCCUUGGGAAAGGAUACAUGACCAAGUCCCAGCAUUCCCAAAUUGAAGUGCACACUCACAUAGACUUUAGGUUUAAAAAAUCUCCUCAAGCCUUCAUUUGUUCAUGGAUACGUGAGCUCUGAGGGCGGCCAUACUAUUCCUCAGUGUGCCUGUAGCUUCCUCAGAGAGUAGGGGUCUUAGGUGUAGUACUGGAACAAUCCUUCCAGAGCUCUGAGUCUGACCAGCCCUCCCUCCCCCAGAGAGGCCAUGGCCACUCUGAGCAGGAAAUGUGUCCAAGGUGGAACAAAGCUGCCUUUGCUUCUGGGCUGGGAGCACAGAUGGGAGAACUGGGCUUCAGACGAGGACUUGGCAGGACUUGACAGCUGAGCAGGCAAGUGUUCUGCUCCCCAGCGCUCACCUGGAAGCAGUCUUUCAAGCUGGAGACCUGCUCGUCUCCAUGUGGUCCGGGUUAGGUGAACUGGCCCUCAUGCUGAUGUUCCUGAUAAUCUUGAAAGGUUCUUCUGGAACCCCUGCCACCUUAGUCAUGAGAACAGAAAGUGCAAUAUUUCCUUUUACUUGGUGGGAGGGAGGGAAAGGGAAUUUAUUUCUGAGAGAAAAAUAUAUAAACAGAUCUUCUACAUUUAUAUUUUUAACUUUCUGUUAAAAAAAAAACACUUUCCAAUAUUGCCUUGCCUCUUGAGCUCUUGCUACAGUCGCCUUUGCUACUGCUUUAAAAGAGAAUUUACAGGUAUUGAUAAAGAACAAGACUGUUUUAUUAAAAGCUUUACUCAACUUGAAUAUG